GACAGUGUCUCUCUCUCUCUCUCCCUCCUUCGCUCUUGCAACACUGGCACAAGCAGAUCAGCAGAGAGCGGGGGAAAGAAGCAGCGAAAAUGAAGCUCAAAGUCUACGCAGACCGCAUGUCGCAGCCGUCUCGCGCUGUCCUCAUCUUCUGCAAGGUCAAUGGAAUCGACUUCGAGGAGGUGAGGAUAGAGCUCUUCAAGCGCCAGCAUCGGUCCCCUGAAUUCAGAGAUGUAAACCCAAUGGGACAAGUUCCAGCUAUUGUUGAUGGGAGAUUUAAGCUUUUUGAGAGUCAUGCUAUUCUCAUCUAUCUUAGCUGUGCAUUUCCGGGGGUUGCAGAUCAUUGGUACCCUGCUGAUCUUUCCCGGAGAGCUAAGAUAAACUCAGCAUUGGAUUGGCACCAUUCCAAUUUACGACGGGGAGCAGCUGCCUAUGUUCUGAAUACUACUUUGGCUCCCGCGCUUGGACUACCACUGAACCCAGUAGCUGCUGCUGAGGGUGAGAAACUUCUGUCCUCAUCUUUGCUGAAGAUAGAGUCUAUCUGGCUCAAAGGCAAUGGUCCAUUUCUGCUAGGUGGCUUUCAGCCAUCCAUUGCUGACCUCAGCUUAGUAUGUGAAAUUAUGCAAUUAGAGGUAACUGGGGACCAGGACCGCGAUCGCAUUCUAGCUCCCUAUAAGAAAGUUCAAAAGUGGAUGGAGAGCACAAGAAAAGCGACACAACCACACUUUGAUGAAGUACAUCAAGUCCUAAUGAAAGCAAAGACAAGAUUUCAAAUGCAGCGUUCAGCAGGAGCAAACACUUUGGCUGAUUCGAGAGGGAAAUUGACUUCGAAAAUGUGAAAACUUGUAAAUGAUGUCCUUCUGAAAUUAGGGUGAAGAUGCUUGGUUCUCCUACAAAGGUCUCUACCGCAAGUUUGGGAAUGUUUGCUUUUAAUAAUUGUAUGCAACACUACGCUAUCAUUGGAAUAAAUCUGCAGAGUUGAAGCUCAGCUUACUGGCUA